AAGAAAGAAAGAAAGAGCUCACGUGUGAUGUGUUUGUGUAUCCUCAGUGUUUUUCUCUCUUGAGUGUUUUAUUGAGUGUAAACAGAGUCUUGUCUCUGUGUAUUUUAGUGUUGAUGAUGGAUGUGAUGUGCUGUAAAUCAGUAGGAACUGAUCUGUCCAUGUUGGAUAUUGAUGAUUUCAUCACAGAAAUCUCUCAGCUGAAGAAAGAGGUGGCGUUACUGGAGACAAAGCUGAGGUUAAGAGGAGAUGAAGGACUGAAGAGAGAGGACUCCGAGCUCAGUCUGACUUUACUCUGUUAUACUGAGUCAAAGCCCACAGACGCUCAGGACACUACAGUGUGUGACAGUAAUCAGGGCUUACAGGAUGAGGAAUCUACUGAUCAAACCUCCACAGAGUCUCUGGAUUCUGUCUGGAACGCUGGAGAACAGCAGCAGAUCCUGCAGACCAAACUCAAGAUGUGUUCUGUCAAACUCAUCGACAAUGGAAACCAAAUGCAGUUGAGAACAGAAGCCACAGAAGAUGAAUAUGAAGACAAACAUAAUGAUGGUCAUGAUUUUAUUCUGUCAGAUGUGAGGAGUGAAUUAUGUUUGGAUGGAGAAAAAACGUCCUCAACAUUAAAAGAACAGAAACUCUUUACCUGCACGAGAUCUGAGAUCAGCUUUACUACCUUACAAGAGAAGGAACUUCAUUCAGAAGAGCACAGAGAGAAGAAGAAGCAGUUUCACUGUGAGCCAUGUGGGAAGGAUCUUUCUCCAGUAACGUCUCAUAUUAAUGCUCACAUGAGGACACACAGUGAUAAAAAGUCUUACUACUGCACUGAAUGUGGCUAUUACUUUAGCAGCAAACAAAGUCUUGAUGCUCACAAGAGAAUUCACACAGGAGAAAAACCAUACAAGUGUCCUCACUGUGAGAUGAGAUUCAGACACAGAUCUUGUAUAAAGAGACAUGUGCCUAUACACACCAAUGAGAGACCGUAUCAGUGCAGUCAAUGUGACAAAACCUUUAGGGAUUCAAGUAAAUUAAAAUCACACCAAAAUAUUCACUCUGAAGGGAAACGCUAUCAAUGUUCACACUGUGAUAAAAGUUACUGUCAGAAAUCUCAUCUGAUACGCCAUCAGAGAGUUCAUACUGGAGAAAAACCUUACGUCUGUAGUGUUUGUGUCAAGCGUUUUGAUAAACAUGACAGCUUAGUGACACACGAGAGAACUCAUACAGGUGAAAAACCUUACAAAUGCUCUCAGUGUGAGAAGACGUUUGCUCAGUCAGGUUCCUUAAAAGCUCAUCAGAGAAUUCACACUGGAGAAAAACCAUUCGAGUGUCCUCACUGUGAGAUGAGAUUCAGACAAAAAUCUUGUAUAAAGAGACAUGUGCUUAUACACACCAAUGAGAGACCGUAUCAGUGCAGUGAAUGUGAUAAAACCUUUAGGGAUUCAAGUAAAUUAAAAUCACACCUGAAUAUUCACUCUGGAGAGAAUCUCUUUCAAUGUUCACACUGUGAUAAAAGUUACUGUUUUAAAUAUCAGCUGAUACACCAUCAGAGAGUUCACACUGGAGAGAAACCUCAUCACUGUAAUGUUUGUGAGAAAAGGUUCAGUCGACGUGAACAUUUAGUGUAUCACCAAAGAACUCAUAUAGGUUAAAAACGUUCUCAGUGUGAGAAGACGUUUGCUCAGUCACUUAAAAGCCCAUCAGAGAGUUCACACUGGAGAGAAACCUUUCGUCUACUCAGUCUUAUUAUAUCUCAUAAUAUGACCCCUUCUGCGUCAUAUAUACAACCGGCACUGGGGAUUUUGCUGUACACUGCAUGCCGUGAGUUAUCCCUUGCUUAACAUGUUAAACUUUUAUAUUUGUGGCCCAUUAAUGCAUUCAGUGAUAUUUGGAAAUAUUUUAAUUUAAACAAAAGUAUGAACAUUUCUAGAUAAGGGGGCAUGUUCCUGGACAGGGAUUAGACUAGUCCUAGACUAAAAUAAAUGUAAGAGCUUUCCAAGCUGACAAAAAUUUGCACUGACAUAUUUUAAGAUACAUCAUUGCCCUUUGUUUUGCCUCAAAAUGCACACAAGUAAUUUCAUUUCAUUUUUUUUUUAUUUGAGCAUCUAAUUACAUAAAAAACAACAUAAUAACAAAUUUCAUUACAAUACAAGUAAGGGAGAAAAAAACUAUAAAUGAUGCUCAAAAGGGGAAGGUAGAAGCUUAAGCUUAUUAACACCUACCCAUUUUACACCAUUGAGCCGCAAUUACAUUUAUUAUAUCAAUAAGACAGUCAUCACAUGUUUAUGCUAUCCUGUUCCAGUGACUGUACAAUCAACAAUAUUUACUCACAACCCUUCUAUUAAGACACGAAAAUAAACCUCUUCAAUAAGUACAAGAAAGAGAGGGAGAAAAAACAUUGCCUGUAACAAUUAGUCACCAAUCUUUUAAUUUGAUCUUUUGUUCCUUAUUGUUAAAGAUUCAAGGUCAUUUUUAACAAUUAUUCUGAACUAUAAUAGAUUAAUUAUAUUAUCUUUAUUAACUUACAUUCUCUUUUUUAGUUUACCAGUCUCAAAAAUACAACAUAAAUACAUAGCUCUAGCGUAUUCCACUUCCACCCUAAGGCCAUUCCGUCCUAUACUUGGACAAUAUUACUUGUUUAUACUUCGCUUUGAAUUGAUGAAUGGAUGGGCACUGCUUAAGUUGGGCACUCAGGGUAUUCCAGAGUCUGGCACCACACACAGACACACACAUACUUUUCCUCGUCGUUCUAGAUUUGAGAAGCCAAAUCUAGAUUGUACAGUUUUAAGUAAUUAUCGACCAAUAUCAAAAUUACCCUUUUUAACAAAAGUUUUAGAGAAAAUUGUCCUCAACUUACUCCAUAUUUAGAGGAAAAUUCUGUUAUAGACAUGUUUCAGUCAGGUUUUAGAUCAUUUCAUAGCACAGAAACCGCCCUUCUUAAAGUUUUUAUUGAUAUUUUAUUAGGAGUAGAUUCCGGAAAGCCAGUUAUUCUUAUUCUUUUAGAUCUUACAGCUGCUUUCGAUACCAUCGAUCAUGACAUUUUUUUGAGUCGUCUCAAGGAUGUUGGUAUCAAAGGCAUUGCUCUUGAUUGGUUUAAAUCUUAUUUGGAAGACCGGUCGUUCUCGAUUUCCAUCAGUAAUCUGCGCUCUUCGUCAGCUAAAUUACGCUGUGGUGUGCCUCAGGGUUCUAUUCUUGGGCCCAUUUUAUUUUCAUUAUAUAUGUGCCCUUUAGGUAUUAUUUUUCGUAAAUACGGCAUUACGUAUCAUUUGUAUGCAGAUGAUACACAGCUAUAUAUCCCAGUUCAAUUAAAUGCCUCAAAAUCCUUGGAUGUGCUCGUUCAGUGUUUAGGUGAGAUUAAGGCUUGGUUGGAAAGCAAUUUAUUACAUCUAAAUCAGAAUAAGACUGAGUGUGUUGUGUUUGGUCCCUCUUCUGCUUCGAAGGAAAUUAUGAACAGAUUGACUUCAAUGGCGAUAAGUGUGUCGGAUCAUGUUAAAAAUUUGGGGGUUACCAUGGAUUCAUCAUUGAUUUUGGAUAAGCAGAUAACUAGUGUUGUUAAGGCUGGGUUUUAUCAACUCCGAAUUAUUUCCAAAUUUAAAUCUAUUCUUUCUUUUAAAGACCUGGAGAUUAUUAUUCAUUCUUUUGUAUCAUCCCGUAUUGAUUAUUGUAAUUCGUUGUAUUAUGGUUUAUCGCAGCGCCAACUAUCUCGUCUGCAAUUAUUGCAAAAUUCUGCAGCUAGACUUCUGACGCACACAAAGAAGCGUGAGAGGAUUACACCAGUUCUCAUUACCCUACACUGGUUGCCGGUAAAAUCUAGGAUUGAAUUUAAGAAUUUGUUAAUGGUUUUUAAAGCACUGCACGGUAUUGCACCAAAAUAUAUUGCCAAUCUUCUAAUGCCCUAUCAAAACACAAGAAUUACUAGAUCUACCAAUGAGAUGAUUUUGCAUGUUCCUAAAACUAGGUUAAAGUCAAAGGGUGACAGGUCCUUUUCGGUAGCCGCGCCACACUUAUGGAACCCUCUUCCCUUAUGCAUUAAAUCGGCUCCUUCUGUGGAUGUUUUUAAGUCGAGAUUAAAAUCAUAUCUUUUUAGUAUGGCUUUUAAUGUUGGCUAGAGUUUUUUUUUAGCUCCUACUCUAUUGUUUUAAUGUUCGUUUUUGUCUUUCUUUUUGUUAAUUGUCUUCCUGGAAAGCACUUUGGACAACGGGAGUUGUUUUAAAUGUGCUAUAGAAAUAAAGUUUGUAUUGUAUUGUAUUGUAUUUUAACAUGACAAUGUGGUAUGGUAAUUUAAACCUAAAAGGGAGAAGCAAGCUGCAGAGAAUAGUAAACCUCGCCUCAAAAAUCAUAGGGACAAAUCAGAAACAGCUAUGUUCCAUGUACGAGGAAGUUCUCAGGAAAAAAGCUUUUAAAAUAGCAAACGAUCCUACUCAUCCGCUUAAUAAGGAGUUUGAACUCCUUCCCUCUGCCAGACGUUAUAAAGUACCUAGGGCAAAUCGUAAUAUUUUUACAAAUUAUUUUAUUCCUAAUGCAACUCGGACGCUGAACAACACGUCCCGUUGAUGUAUUGUACGUAAUUGCUACUGCUGUGUUCAUUGUUGCUUUGAAGAUGUCUGCGUGCUAGUCUUGUUGUUUUUGUUGUUUUUAUUGUUGUUGGUUUGAUUGUUGUUAUGAUGAGACUGAAGGCAAAUUUCCACAUUGUGGACAAUAAAAUGAAAAAUAAAUAAAUAAGGUUCUAAUAGAAGCGAGCAGACUUUUGUCUUUUGUGGGGCGGUUUCCCGGACAGGGAUUAGACUAGUCCUAGACUUAAACACUUUUAAGAGCUCUCCAAACUGAAAACCACUUGCACUGACAUAUCUUAAAAUACAUCAGUGCCCUUUGUUUUACCUCAAAAUGAAGACAGGUAAUGUUUUUAGAAAGGCAUGUUUGUUAAAACUAGUUAUAUUUCCUAAUUAAACUAAGACCUAGUCCCGGAUUAAGCUAAUCUUGGUCCGGGAAACCGCCCCUGUAAGUUUAAUUAUUACAAUUUAGGGAUGGUACUUUUAUUUGUACUUUAUUUGAAAAACUGAUAUUUGUAUGUAAUGUGAGUCUAAAACCCUGAAUUAAAGUAGACAAGCUGCACACUGUCAGGCACUGGAGAAACUUAGGUUGUGUUCAGUUUCUGUCAGACUCAUCAAAACAUCAUCCUUAUGGACAAGUUGGCAAGUCCAAGUUCAAGUGAGCAAACCCUUAAUUAAUAUAUGUAUUAAUUCAGUUAUUUUUUAUUUAAAUUAUUAAAGAUUAUGUUUCUAAAUUAUGAUGUUUUUGUAGCCACCACCAAAGACUUGCGCAAUUUUAUUUUCUUUGCCAUAAAUUUUAUUUAUUGAACACACAGUGUUAUAGCAGUAAAAAACAAGCUAAGACUCAAGAUUUAACUACAACUAAAACAAACACGGAUCACCACAAUAGUGAUUUACGAUUUUCAAGAGAUGGUGAUAAAGAGGAUAAAGUUAAAGAUUUUAAUUCUGCUUCAGUGUUACAUUUUAAAGAUUUAGAUAAUAUACACCCAGUAGUGUUCAUUUAACACUUGGGAUUUUGCUGUGUAGCUCUGUGGAGGCAUUUCGUAGACAAAUGUGGGUUACUACAUUUGAAGCGGUUUGUAGGCUCUAUAAUCCAAGGAACUGCCUGUCCCUUGGAUUAUUCUGUACCAUUUUUUGCCUUUGUGCCUGGUUUGCCUUUGUUUGCCUAUUGCUCUCCUGUGUAUGACAUUUCGGCUGUUUUAUUGGAUUUAUGUUUGUGGAUUACCCUUCUAAUAAAAUCUGCAUUUGGAUUCUCAACCCUUCGGGUCUUGGAGC